AUGGCUAACAAGCAUGCCGACGUGUACCCUGCUGACUUCAUCAAAUCUGGCAACGAGUUGACGCAUCUUGGCGAAGGACAAUCCAAGCCUGCUCUGAUUAUAUUGAACCAGCCCAUAGCAGACACAAGGAUACUAAGUCGUUUGUGGAGUCAUACCAGCUAUCGACUUUGCGCGGAUGGUGGUGCCAAUCAACUUUACGACCUUUUCAACCACAACGAUCCGUCCCAGCUCGAUCAAUACCUACCCAAUAUUAUCCAUGGUGAUCUCGAUUCUCUCCGGAGAGAUGUCAAAGACUACUACAAGGGAUGCAACGUAGACGUCACAGAAGAUCCGGACCAGUACAGCACAGAUUUUGGCAAGGCCAUAAAACAAGUGCUGAGAGAGCAACCCUGGCAGAGAAACUUUCUUGUCCUGGGCACCAUUGCAGGACGUCUUGACCAGGGCAUUGGCCUGUUAUCAGAGAUGCAUCGGGAGCAACAUUCGGAACAGCAUCCAAAUAUUCGGUUUUGGUUGUUUUCCGAAUCGAGCAUCUCCUUCACUCUCGCACCUGGAACGACGACCAUCCAUACCCCACUGGCCGAGAAGGUUAUCACACCAAACAUCGGUGUCUUGCCUAUAUUCGGACCCGCGCAUAUAUCAACGAAUGGACUGGAGUGGGAUGUCCAGGACUGGCACACGCAGAUGGGUGGACAGGUUAGCACCAGCAACCACAUUGUCGAGGACCAGGUCACCAUUUCGACCGACGCGGAAGUACUCUUUACCGUAGAACGCCGGAAAAGCGUGGCAGGAUAG